ACAGGAGCACUUUGCAUGAGUUGGAAGCAAAUUCCUCAAGUUUACAAUACUUCUAUUUUUAUUAUUCAUCUGUGUCUUUCAGUGCUACUUUUGACUGGCUUUCAAGAAGUUUUAAAGAUCCUGGAUCACUCUUUGGACUGAUUAAAGAAGUCAGAAUACUGCAGGAAGCUGAGGACCCUCAGCUGCACUUGGCAGCUCUGAAACAAUGGCAGAGUGUACGCAGGAUGCCAACCCCGCCAAGGUGAUCCAGAAUCCAAAAACUGACAUUAAGGACUCGAGAGAAGUUUCAGCUGAGUCUGCAUCGGUGGCUGCCGUCAAAGUCAGACCCACAGACCUGGGACUGAUUCGAAGCUUGUCCAAGUCGGACUCUGACUUGUUGGCGUCACCACUCGGGGAGGAGGACGGAGGUCUGGCUGGCCGCAGUGGGUCCGUGUCUAACUGCAGCUCUGGGCAGCCGUCCAUGAAGCGCAUGCCUUCCUUUGCCUCCGAGUGGGAUGAGAUUGAGAAGAUCAUGAACUUGAUUGGAGCAGGCAUUGAAACAUCACAAAAGAAACAGCCCACAACAAGCUCAGAUGGGGCCUGUGGUAAAGCCCUGGACCAGCCGGUCGGAGAGUGGCUGGAGCACGUGGGGCUGCCGCAGUACGAGAGCAAGUUCCUGCUCAAUGGCUUCGACGACCUACGAUUCAUGGGAAGUAACGUGAUGGAGGACCAGGAUCUCAGAGACAUUGGGAUCACUGACCCAGGACACAGAAAGAAAAUCCUCCAUGCGGCACGAAGCUUGCCCAAGGUAAAAGCACUGGGCUGUGAUGGCAGCACAUCUCUUGUCUCCUGGCUGGACGGCCUUGGCCUUCAUGAAUAUCUGCCCAACUUUCUUACGAGUGGCUACCGCACACUGGAGUGUGUUAAGAACCUGUGGGAGCUGGAGAUUGUCAAUGUUAUUAAGAUUGGUCCCCUGGGCCACAGGAAGAGGAUCAUUGCCUCUCUAGCAGAGAGACCAUAUGAAGAGGCUCCAUCCAAGUCCCGGCGCCUGUCCCCAAUUAUGUUCCAUGACCUCCUGUCCCAGACCACAUCCCCCCUCAGUCAGAUGGACCCGUACACCAGUCGCUCCAUGGACAUGCUCCUGCCCUUGACUGAGACGGACCGGAGGCGGCGAGGCGGCGACCAGGACUGCAGCGUUUCUCUGCGGUCGUACAGCGAGAGGCCGCGCUCCGUAGACAGACAGAGUGAACGACACAAAGACUCUCGUUUAAACCUCCGGCCGCCGAGUCAGUCUGCUACCUACGCCACGGUGUCCGCCUGGCAUCACCAGCCUGAGAAGCUCAUCCUGGACUCCUGCGGGUACGAGGCAACCUACCUAGGAUCAAUGAUAAUCAGGGAUCUACGAGGAAUCGAGUCCACACAAGAAGCCUGUGCUAAAAUUAGGAAAUCAAAGGAUUCCAGAAAGGGUCCAGUUGUCAUACUGUCCAUUACCUAUAGAGGGGUCAAGUUCAUUGAUGCAGCCACGAAGACUAUAGUAGCAGAGCAUGAGAUCAGGAACAUCUCGUGUGCCGCCCAAGACCCAGAUGACCUCUGCACUUUUGCCUACAUUACCAAGGAUCUAAAGAGCGGCCACCACUUCUGUCACGUCUUCAGCACUGUGGAAGUGACACAGACCUACGAGAUCAUCCUAACACUGGGACAGGCAUUUGAGGUGGCCUAUCAGAUGGCAGUGCAGUCCAGGGCGAGACACUACGUCCCACCUACGUCUCUACCCUCAGAGGUCAUAGAGACCAAAGCCAGCCGCCCCGUAUCUCAGUCGUGGAGCAGCAUGCGGAGAUCAGCAGGUGCCCCUCUGCUCGAAUGCCGCUGCUGUCACUGUCACACGUGUACUACCCACCGUCCUUCCUUCCUCCCGUUGCACUCUGUUAGCCCUGGAGUCCAGAUCGACCCCCUGGAGAUGGACGCAGACAUGCAGUCCCUGGGCAGCACCACCUGGCUCUUGGACCAGCGGGACUCCCACAGGCGCCCCGUCAGCACCAAGUACGAGACCACCAUAUUCUGAGGCCGGAUCCCCACAGCCGCCCCUCUGCACCCCCUCGUACUCCCCCCUCCCCCCUGCAUCCGGUUCUUUAUUUAUCUCACACACAAACAUAAAAACAUGCGAGCCCCGUGCCUUCUCACUGUGAUGGUAUAGCAUCCCUCAGGGCUGCCUACUCCUGCACCCUCCUUUGCCCUGCCCAGCGACCCACACCAACCUCUUUACCCGCCAUGACAAACACUCCUGCAGCUCUCCCGUGCCUCCCCAACACCCCUGGCAGCCUCCCUCGCCUGUUGCUGCUGCAGCCAAUGGCGGAGCCCUGGAACGGAUGAUCCUGGACUGAUCUCAUUUUACAGUGGCCCUGCUCUCUCAACCAAACUGCCUCUUCCUCCUCAUCCUCCUCCUCCUGACAGCUUGCAUCUGCCUCCAAAUCCCCGAUAGCUCCCAGAGCCUGUCCUGUCUUACCAGGCAUCUACCACUGUGAGGCACUAUGAGGAGGCUGCUUUGCUAGUACGGGAUGCAAGACAGACGGACAAUUAAAAUCAAUGAAAGACAAAACAGCAACAUGCAGCAAAACAACCUGUAUUUUCUUUUUCUUUUCUACGCAUUUGUACAAUACUCAUAACAACACGAUGGAUUGGUCAUGAAUCUAUCACUGAUGUCUGAACUCAAAAUGGACCAAGAACUGAACCCUCGUACACACACACACACAGACACACACAAACACAGGAGGACAAAUUUCCUACACUUUACCGAGGACAACAGCCUUACGUCAUUUCGGUUAUCUAUAAUCAACUAAAGCCCCGACCUUUCCUAAAAAACCACCACCACCACCCAACAACUGCACGCCUCCCCCCUGCUUCUAAAAGACUGAAAAAAAGACAACACUUCUGAUUUCCUGGUGUGUUAAAUUGACUGGCUGGGACGACGUUGUUUCUUAUGAUGGUACAGUUUUGUCCAGAUGAGAGUCUUUGCUCUGGCCUUUGUACUGCAGUCUCUCGGCAUUCAUGGUAGCACCGAGAGACUGCAAAUCACAGCAUCUUCUUCUUGUCAAUUUAAAAAAAAAACACUGUGUUAAAACGUAGCACUAUCCCUUUUAAUACCUUCUCUUUUUUUUCUUCUUACGGUGCAAAUAGGACAUUAGCGCACUUUGUGAUACUUUUUGAUAGACGGAGGCUGAAUGAAAUACGUUGGGAAAGAGCGACUACAGGCAAAAAAACAAAGAGAAUACCACCACCACAAAAAAAAAAUACACAAGCAUAUUAAGUGUACUGACAUUGGAUCCACAUUUCACAAUUUUGGUAAUCCCAAAAAAAAACCCAUCCUCAACGUGAUUUCAUUUGUAUAUUAAUGAGCCUGGAGCACAAUUUGGCACACAUUUCCCAACAUAGCAUCUUAUUAUCGUGAUUACAUGGGUAGGUAUCCACGCUGUUUCACACCAAUUUAGAAUUAGGUACAGUACAUGCAAAGUAUGUCACUUGGAAAUAAACGGCAGUGAAAAGAUUUAAUUCCACCACAUUAAAAAGAGGCAAAUCUAAGUGUUGCUCUGGUGUCGUGUUAAUGCGAAUGGAUUUGUUAUGCUAAGAACAUGACACAGUUUUUUAUUUAUUUAUUCCCUCCCCCUUUUUAAAAGAAGAAUUUCCCUCCUGCACUGUGACUCAAAAACGCUUGUCGCGGAGUCGACACAUAUCUGUGGGUCCUCCCCUGUGUGCACUUCCUACUGUGCGUGCUGUAUGCCUUGUUUCUGUCUGUCCUCAUGGGAGUUUGGACUGUUGCUGUUACAUCACUGUCCACUGUCCUUGUUUCUGUGUGCUGCAGGAGAUGUGAGGGAUUGAGCUCUUCUCCACAAGACAGUGUGUCUGGAGACUGACUGUUAAAGGGAUAGUUUGGGUUUUUUUGAAGUGGGGUUGUAUGAGGUACUUAUCCAUCAGUCAGUGUGUGUUAACUACAGUAGAUGGCAGUCGGUACGCUCCUAGUUUGGAGAAGCAGGCAGCAGUACAGACAUGGAAGUUAAGCAAUGUGCUGCUGUGGAAAGAGACAGCAGGAAAAUGUGUUUAUAGCCACCUAAAAAAAUCUAUUUCUGUUUAAGUGAAAGCUAUAUUUAGAAUAUUUUCACCACUUUACCUUCCCGUCAGACAACCCUUUUCGAAGGGGAACUGAAGCUGUUAGACUGAAAACACACCAAGCAGCAGUAUAGUGGAGGCAUGUUAAGUGCCGGGCAAGAAGACAUUUUUUGUAGCAUAUGUCAACAUGUCACAGGUCUGUUUACUGACUGGCUGUCAGUAUUGUCUGGCUGCAAUUUGCCACAAAAAGUUAAACUAUCCCCAUCUUUUUUUUUUUUUUUGAUCACACUUUGCUGCAGUCGUCCAAAGAGGUUGCUUUAGCUUUCCAUAGCCAUUGCAUGAUAGCUCACUGCACUUUGCUGCUACUUGUUGUGGUGUCUAUAUAGCCACCAGAUUCUUUUGAUAAAAACAGCAAUUUAACCUCAGAAUAAAGGACUUGCUGUUCCACUGCUGCUCUGAUAGUUUAGAUUGUUUGUGUUAUUGUGUGACUUUGGGGUAUCCAAACUAAUCCUUAAAAACACAAAAGUAUCACAAUAACCUAAACAAGCUAAUGGAUUCAGGCAGCGGUAGACCAGCAGCUAUUGUGUUCUGUGAGGUAAAAUUACUAUUUUUGUCAGUGGAGUCUGGUGGAAGAGAACACUGAGCUGCUUCAGUUCCCCGUUGGAAAGGGCUGUCUGAUGGCAAGAUAAAGCGGCAAAAAUAUCCUGAAUAUAGCGUACACUUUUAGGUAGGCCUUUUUUUUAGGGGGCUAAAAUAUGUUUUACUCCUGCAGUACAUUACUUAGCUUCCAUGUCGGUACUCCUGCUUGCUUCUCCCAACUGCGAGCGUGCCGACCACCAUCUACAGUAGGUAACACACCGACUGUGGAUAAGUACCUCGUACAACCUCAUCUACCUGGUUUGUGUGCAGUACCGUGGCUGUGUCAUUGCCACUCUGUUCUGACUGUUAGCUUCCACUGACGAUGCAUGUUGGCAGUGUCUUUUGUGUUUUUGUACCCUUUGAUGCACUUUGGCCUGAGCAGUCUCUGUAUGUACUGUAGCAAUGUCUCGUCUCCUCUCACUCAUCUGCCAUUCGCUUUUUAUGUUCCCUCCUCUCUCUCCGUUACAACACCAAUACAGCGAUUCAUCCUCAUCCCUCCACGUUUCCAUUGUCGUCAUUCCUCCCAGCCUUUUGUCACGUAUGUUCUUCCAUUUUGUGUGUCACCAAGACAACCUGCUCUAGUAUGGAUGCAUAAUAUAAAAGCAUUACACUUUAAUGAGCAGCAAGCUAUUUAAAGCAACGUUUUGGUGGCAUGAUUUGGCUGUGCAUGUACCAGUCUUUUUAACAUUGGUGUUUUCCUUGUGUAGCUCACCCCAGCGUUCAAGUUUCCGGAUACCAAGCUGUGAGUUGAAGGGGAGCAGCCGAUGCGAGUGUGUGUGUUGAGUUUAGUGGGCAGAGCAGUGGAAAAGAGGUAGAGAGAGAGAGAGAAAACGAGAGGUAAGCCUUAUGCAACGUGCAGGGCCAUUUAGAUCUCACUCUGUAUAUCCCCCUGCUCCUCCACUGCCCCUGAUAUCAAUCCCAACACACAGACGAAAAGGUAACCUGUUGUCCCACAUCACUGGCUAGAAACAGGACCUGCGUAUCACUCCUGUCUUGAGAGAGAGAGAGGUCAGAAAAGGGUCAAGUCUAUUUCCUGGCCUCCAUGUGACUUUCUGAUCUUGUCAUGUAGGUACUGUAAUGUUUAGAGCACUGUAGACCAUUAAUGAUAUAGACCAUUAAUGAGCAUUUCUAUUGAUUCAGGUCUAUUGGAGAUAGUAACUGUGGGAGUUAUUAAAGGGUAAACAGAAAUGUAACAAAGUGUAGAGAAAAAAAAAACUGUACCAGCAUACAAUGCUUUGCCCAUGUUUGUGGACAGAGUAUGGUUUGUCAAUGAAAAUGUGAUACUGUUUCAAAUUUCAAAGCAAUAUUAUAUUAAUGAAAAAUUAAAUAAUACAAUGACAAAAGAA